AUGCAUCCAAAAUGUCCAUGGAUCUUGGCUGCAAGCAAAGAUGACAGAUCCAACAAUUUUAAGGUAAAAAGGUAUUGCCCUGUCCACAAGUGUUACAAAACAAAUAAAAACAAGCUUUGCAACUCCAUAUACCUAGCAAAGCAUUACAGGGAUAAGAUUGUGUGUCAACCAAAUAUGAAAGUUUGGGAGCUAAAGAAACUCAUUAAGGAUGAACUGGACAUAUAUGUUGGUAGGUCUACUAUACAUGGAGCUAGAGCAAAAAUUCUAAAGGAGAUAAUAGGUGAUGUGCAUGCUGAGUUCAAGAGACUCUUUGAUUAUAGAGAUAUUCUAUUACAGACAAUCCAGACAAAUCCAGGUACAACUUGUGUUGUGAAGGUAGAAGAUCAAGGUGAAGGCAAGCUUGUCUUCAAUUCAUUUUAUGUUUGCUUCUAUGCUAUGAAAAAAGGAUGGCCUGAAGGUUGCAGAAGGAUAAUUGGCCUUGAUGGUUGUUUUCUAAAAGGCAUUUGUAAGGGUCAACUUCUUGUAGCAGUAUCAAAGGAUGGAAAUAAUCAGAUGUUUCCUAUAGCUUGGGCCAUUGUAGAGGUUGAGAACAGUUUCACUUGGACAUGGUUUCUGAAGUGUGUGACUCAUGACUUAGAGCUUCAAGAUGGAAGGGAUCUUACUAUCAUGUCUGAUAUGCAAAAGGGAUUGCUUAAAGUUGUAUCAGAAGUGUUGCCUGAAAGUGAACAUAGGUGGUGUGCCAGACAUAUAUUAGCAAACUGGUCCAAAGAUUGGAGAGGAUUAGAGAGGAGAAACAACUUUUGGAGGUGUGUUAGAGCAUCAUGUGUAGCAGAACUGAAUUUUCACCUGGACAGUUUGAAUAUGCUUGGGAAUGGGAUAUGUGAGAGCCUCUUGAGGAAAUGUGAUAUAAUUGACAACAAUAUGUGCGAGACAUUUAAUGCUUGGAUACUUGCUGCUCGGCACAAGACAAUUAUCACAAUGUUAGAGGAAAUUAAAGUGAAGAUGAUGGAGAGAAUAGGAAAUUUGAGGGAGUUUGCAGAUACAUGGAUAUGUGAUAUAACCCCAAUUUCUAUGAAGGUGUAUCACGAUAACAUGACCCAAUCUAUAAGGUGUACAAUCAAGUGGAAUGGUGAAUAUGGCUAUGAGGUUGAGGAUACCUCAUUAAGAGUGGUGCUGAAGCAUUGUGUGAAUAUGCAAGCUCAAACUUGUACAUGCAGGUCAUGGAUGCUGAAGGGUAUCCCUUGUGCUCAUGCCAUUGCUGCUAUACAUUUCAAGAAUCUUGACCCAAUUAACUACAUAUCUCACUGGUACCACAAAUCCACCUAUCUAAAGGCAUAUUCAACAUUCAUCCAGCCUGUGUCAAACAUGCAGAUGUGGCCAAUGUGA